UUAUGCUCCACUUGUUGUUGAUUUUAGGGGUUGUUUAAGGAAGAAAUAAUUCUAAUAAUGAUACUAUUAGAAUUCAAACUCCAGGUUGAUAUUGUCCUAUAUUCCUUUAGAAUAUGAAAAAAAUAUGAACAACACUAAAAACAUUUUUUAUUCUUGUGCAAUCACAUCAUCAUCCUACUUGACAUAUAAUGAUGAUGUAGUAAUGAACUAAUUAAAUUCAAUCAUAGAAGCCUAUUAAACUAUUGAAUCAUCAGAAGUUAGAUUCGAAACUUAAAGAAAAGCUAGUAAGAGAAUCUAAAUUGAUGCUGUUUAAUAUUGCAUUCUUAGAUAAUCUGCGAUGAUAGCCUAAUAAGUAAUUCAAAUAUUAGUAAAAUAUUUUUAGAUGUAUGACGAAAUAUAAGUUGGACAAUUCAAUGUCUCCAAGUAUUAUUAUUUAAUGAAUGAGUUUGAUUUGUCAAAAUACCAAAAUCAAUCUGUUAAAAUUACUUUUGAUCCAGAAGAAGAAUCUGUAUGGAGAAUCAUGGAAGUAAUUAAAUUUGUUAUUCUAGGAUUUCUAAGCAAAAUCUAGGGAAGCUAUGGGUGAUGAUGAAUUUGAUGGAUUAAACUAUUACUAGUACCCUGAUUACAUGGAGAACCAAUAUGAAACCAAAGUAUUUGGUUAAUCUAUUGACAAAAAAUCAAACUUUUCAAUUCUAAUCUUUGCUUCAGUGUUUAUAUCCUUUUUUGCCAUAAUGGUUUUAGGUAUCAAAAUAAAAUAUUGUAGCUUAUAAUGCGUUGAAAAAUACCCACAAGAAAAUUGAUUAAAAGAAAGAAAAGAAAUCUAAAAAGCAGAAAUGA